AACGCACGAGCUUAAUCGAGGGUUGUUCAUUAUUUUUCUGAAGAAGUAGGGAGGUGUUGAUUUUUUUUUCAACAAAGAAAACACCGUGCUAGACGCUGAGAACCGUCCUUAGAUUUAGACCAACCGUCGGUGCCAGAUCUCGCCUGCAGGACCAAGACUAGGCCAAGAACUUCCGCCAAUCAGACUUCGUCAGCGCUCUACAGGGAUUUAAAAAAAAUAAUUAGAAGUUUCUAGAACUUUUUUUUUAGCUUCCAACAGACAGCUGUACAGAAAACAAGAUGAAUCAGGUCCAGCUCUCGCUUUUCGCCGCCCUUUUCGCCCUCCUGCUCGUAACGCUGACUCAGUCGUCUCCCUUGCCUGAUGCUCUCAGAAUCAGGAGAUCUGCUGCUGACCAGAGGAUAGCGGAACUUCAGGCUCAGGCUGCUCUGCGUCAGCCCAAAAACAGGAACAUGAUUGGUUACGGCCUUUACGACAUUGACGCUAUUGGCAAGAAGAAGAGAGACCCCCAGUUUGUUGGCGUGACCGAUGAAGAAAGAUACAACUUAUUGAAGGCGUUGCUCCAGAGGGCUGCUAUAGAGAACUCCGCUUCCUAGGUGAUUGGAAGUGUCGUGAUGGAGACGGGAGGGAACUGGCAUGGAGAAGAAAAUAAACUGAACACUUUAGCAGGAGUUUUAUCCCUUGUUUGCUAACAUUACACCGAUUUCCACCGCGUUAAAAUACUGCGUUAUGAAAAAAAGGAAACAAUUGUUUUAAUUUUUUUGUUUCUUUCUAGAAUUAAAAAAAAAUAAAAAUUUGAACUUCUUUUAA